AUGGAAGUAUUGAAAAAGAAAGUGGUCAGGAGAGAUAGAAAGAGAAAGAGAGAUGCACGAAGAAGGAGCAACUCCAACUUCCACUCAACGCCUCCCCCCACUCCAACUCCUCCCUCACCCCCACUCCAACUCAACUCCCAUUCCACUUCAAUUCCCACACCACUCCUACUCCUCGUUCACCCUCACUCCACUUCAACUCCGACUCCACUCCAACUCCAUCUUAAUUCCCACACCACUUCCACUCCUCGCUCACCCCCACUCCACUUCAACUUCCACUCCACUCCAACUCCUUUUCAGUUCCCACUCCACUACAAUCUCACUCCGUUCCAACUCCACUUCAAUUCCCACCUCACUCCAAACUCCCAACCCACCCCCCCCCCCUCCACUUCAACUUCCACUUAUCUCUCACUCCUCUCUCACUCCCACUCCACUUCAACUCCCGCUCCACUUGAAAUCCACUUCAAUUCUCACUCCACUUCAACUCCCACUCCACCUCAACUCCACUUCAAGUCCCACUCAACUCCCUCUCCUUGGUCACCCCACUCCACUUCAACUCCAACUCCACUUCAACUCCCACUCCACGUCAACUCCCAUGACACUCCCUCGUUCACACCCACUGCACUUCAACUCCACUUCAACUCCCACUCCCACUCCUUGCUCACCCCCACUCCACUUCAACUCCACUUCAACUACCACUCCACACCACUUCAACCCCCACUCCACUUCCACUCCUUGCUCACCCCCCCUUCCAACUUCCCAACUCCCAACUCCCAUUUCCAACUCCCACUCCAACUCCAAACUCCUUACUCCACUUUCCACCUCUCACUACCCACUUCCCACUUCCCCCCAACUCCCCACCCCCCCUCAUCCCCACUUUCCACUUCCAACGCCCACUCCACUCCCACUUCCCACUUCAACUUCCCAACUCCCACUUCCCAAUCCUCCUUCCCAUCCCCAUUUCCAACUCCCCCCCAUUCCCACUCCACUCCCACCCCCACUUCCAACUCCCUUUUCCCACCCCAUCCUCCCAUUAGCCACCCCCCCCCUUCCACCUUUCCCCACUCCCUUAUCAUCCCAUUCCACUCUCACUCCACUCCACACACACUAUACCUUAAUACUUGUCCAGGUGUUCCCCUCUCUUUCUCUUCAAACUCUGGUGUCCCAUGGUAUUGCGACAUCAAUGAGUGA